UUCAGGUUCGGCCGAAUCCUGCUGAAAAAGACAGAAUCCUGGAUUCAGUGCAUCCCUAGUGUUUAAUAGUCUGCUUGAAUCAGUGGUGCAAGCAACAGGGUUCGGUGGAAUUUUAAUACAUUUUUUUUACUUAUAACUACAGAUGUUCUGGCACAAAGGGUCAGAAUAAGUUUGUGGCUGUUCCUGGGUUAUAGAACUUCCGUUUGCAUCUGUAAACAAUGCCAAUGUGAUGAUAUUCUGUUGAUCUCUACAGGGUUUCCAAUUUGUAUCAAAGUAGUAAUAUUCAACCAAUGGAAACACUUAUGAUCUGCAAGGUGUAACUGGGCACAAUAUAAACUGGUGAUUGUGCUUCCUCCUGACCAAGUGAGCAGUUUAUUGGCAAACGUAUGGCCAACAGAUUUCAGGUCAAACAUUAGCCAGAUCUUUAUUGGGCGGGUUACAAAAUCCAUCCACAAAUCGUCAGGGUUUUUUUCUCUGAGUGAGAUUGAUUAAGCGAAAUCCAGUACUGAACCCCCGGACUGCUGCACCAACAUACAGAGAAAAAGAAAAAAAACGUGACGAAGCCUGUGAAACACGAUGAAGUGGAAAAGCCGCUGCCCUGUCCCUGGGCCUGUCGAGAGGGAAAAGCGGCACUUCCAGGAGGACAAUUCACGAUCUCCGCCAAUAUUACACUAUAAGAGCUUCUUUUCCAGACAUUUAAGAAAACCGGUUCUCCCCUGCACCAUUACGAUACCAACUGCUGUGAUAAGCCGACAUUCAAGAAUCUAUUUUCCGAGUAGAUCCGUUGUUUCGUUAACCCCUGGAAAGAAGAACGCUACACUACAUUUCGUUAUCUUUUAUUUAUGUACCGGCAAUUAACUUUUUCAAUCGUGAGCGCACCGAUCUUUGAUACCGUAACUUUCUGUUUCACACUUUGGACAUGCCUGCUUUAUGCUGACCUGAGUAUAAGCCAAGGUAGACUUUUUCAGCACAUUUUGGGUGCUGAAAAACUCUGCUUAUCCUCGAGUAUAUACGGUACUAAAUGUUAUCAUGAAGGUGAAGGGAAAAUGAUGUAUUGCAAGAAAUCUCUAUCCUCUAUUCUCUGUGAUCUGAAACACCCAAGGAAGCGACUGCCCAGCUUAUUGUGUUCAGCUACUUGGGUUUAGCUCUGGCUUCUCUUUUUCUUUCUUCUGCAGUUUCCCUGGCUAUGGCUCUGAAUCCUUUACUUUAUUCACCACCUUUACCUACAGCUCCCAUGAAUAUGGCACAGACACCUUCCUCUAUAACAGCUUCCACUGAAGUAGCCAAGUAUAUACAGUCACAGAAUGGAAUCCCCCCUUGCAAUCCUGUCAGCAGUGCUAUGGACCCCUAUCAUGCCUGCAGUAUUCUCCAGCAACUCAAAGCAAUGUACGACGAGGGCAAGCUGACUGAUAUCGUGGUACAAGUGGAUCACGGGAAACAUUUUUCUUGUCACAGAAAUGUUCUUGCAGCAAUCAGUCCUUACUUCAGAUCUAUGUUCACUAGCGGCCUUACCGAGAGCACCCAGAAAGAAGUGCGGUUAUUUGGAAUUGAAGCGGAGUCCAUGCAACUUGUAUUGAACUAUGCAUAUACAUCCAGAGUUCAGCUGACUGAAGCCAACGUCCAAGCUUUAUUCACGGCGGCUAGUAUCUUCCAGAUCCCCUCUCUCCAGGAUCAGUGCGCGCAGUAUAUGGUCAGUCGCUUGGAACCACAAAACUCUAUUGGAGUCUUUAGCUUUGCUGAUCACUACGGCCAUCAGGAACUGAAGGAGAAAGCCCAAGACUACAUCCGUAAAAAGUUUCUGCACGUCACCAAAGAGCAAGAGUUUCUGCACCUGACGAAAGAGCAGCUCAUAAGCAUAUUGAACAGCGACGACUUGGACGUCGAUAAGGAAGAACACGUUUACGACAGCAUCAUCAGUUGGUAUGAACACGAGCAGGAGACGAGAGAACUGCACCUUCCGGAAAUAUUUGCCAAAUGUAUCCGCAUGCCCCUCAUGGAAGAGACAUUUGUCGAACAGAUCCCUCCCAUAUUUGCACAGGCUAUGCCCAUAAACUGGGUACAGAAGGGAAAGAUCAGUGCCAACUGCUGUACUCGGAGGCUGGGCAUGACCGCUUCUGAAAUGAUCAUCUGCUUCGAGGCCGCAAACAAACACUCAGGAAAAAAGCAAACUGUGCCUUGUCUGGACACGCUGACAGGAAAAGUCUAUAAACUAUGCAAACCGCCUGGUGACUUGAGAGAAGUAGGGAUCCUUGUGACCCCCGAUAAUGAACUCUACAUCGCCGGGGGGUACAGGCCGAGCAACAAUGAUGUCUGCAUAGACCACAAGGCAGAAAGUGACUUCUGGAUGUACGACCAUUCAAGCAAUCGAUGGCUAGCGAAGGCUCCCCUCCUCCGAGCGCGAAUAGGCUGCAAACUGGUUCAUUGUUGUGGUAAAUUAUAUGCUAUAGGGGGCCGUGUUUACGAAGGGGACGGACGCAAUCCGCUUAAAUCUGUCGAAUGCUAUGAUACAAGAGACAACUGUUGGACAGCCGUGAGUUUAAUGCCAGUGGCAAUGGAGUUUCAUAGCGCCGUGGAAUACAAAGACAAGAUCUAUAUUUUACAGGGGGACGUGUUCCUCUGCUAUGACCCACCAAGAGACUACUGGUGUUACCUAACUCCCAUGACUGCGCCCCGAGUCCAGGGAAUGGCAGCUGUAUACAAAGAUUCUAUUUACUACGUGGCCGGAAGCCGCGCAAACCACCGCGUUCUCACCGUGGAGGCCUACGACGUCGAACAAAACCGGUGGACUCGAAAGAAAGAUCUUCCCUGUGAACAGUCUUCAAACCCGUACAUCAAGCUGGUGGUUUUUAAAAGUAAACUUCACCUCUUCGUCCGAGCGACCCAAGUCAGCGUUGAAGAGUUUGUGUUCCGGACGAGCAGGAAAAACUCUCUCUACCAAUACGACGAGAUAGCCGACAGUUGGAAAAAAGUGUACGAAACUCCCGAGCGGCUGUGGGAUCUUGGCCGCCACUUUGAAUGUGCAGUCGCUAAACUCUAUCCACAGUGUCUUCAGAAAGUUCUCUGAUCUCCGACCUUUCUCCUGCUGACACCGUGUAACCAAACUGUCGGAAACUUCGCAACUGUCAGUAUUUCGUUUGACAUGGACACGUCUUGUACUUGGGACGGGUGCUUAGAAAAGUUGCAGUAGGAGUUUUGGUGAAGGGGUCGAGCUACAUCAGUUUAUCUUUUUUUUAAUUUUUUUUUCACCAUUUAUUUUUGGUGAACUCUAUGUUUACAAAGUGCAAUUAUCGGCGUUUUUUUCGCAUGGUACAUGGUUGCUAACCUAUGGCAAUUCAGCUGUUGCCAAACUAUAACUCUCGGUGUUGUCUGACAGUCACCUGUUGGAAGAUGCUGGGAGUUGUAGUUGAGAGAGAAUUUUUUGUGUGCUAGUGUGUGUGUGUGUGGUACAGGUUAGCCAACUCUGUUUUGUUGUAAUGUAGAACCAGUUUUUGGUGCUAGAGUGGUUUCAUUAAGGGUCGGGGGGAGGUUUUGGCAUUCAAGGGAUUAUUUAAAGUAAAUUAUAUAUAUCUUUUCCUUUGUAAGAUACAGAAUAUCUAUGCACUAUAGGGGAGUAGAUCUAGCAUUAACAACUGCAGCUAGGUUUUUAAGGGAGCAGUUCCACCUAUUUAUUUUAUUCUUGUGUAAUCGUUUGUUGGCAUUUGUACUAAAGAGAGUUUGCGGCUCUAAAACAGGAUGGGGAUUCCGAUCAUCCCAAGUACC